AAUUGAGAAAAAAAAAUAUAUAAAAGGAAAUUUCUUUGAGAAUAAGACAACUGGUAAAAGAUUUUGAAACGAUAACAGCAAUGAAGACAGGAACGUUUACAUUCGUAUUUGGAGUUUUAUUUCUAUAUUGCGCAAAUGGUCAUAAAUAUCACAGCUACCGCAGAUAUGGGAGGCACCACGUGAAACAUCGACCUAUUAAACAGGAAGGGUCCUUACUUCCGGUAAAUCCUCCUGUAAACAUAUGUCCACCUCUUGUUUGUCCAUUGAUUGAUAUUCCAAACGAAUGUCGAAAGGAAAUAUAUACUAAUGUGUAUGGAGUACUUUGCAGAGGAUGUGACAAAAAUAUAUGUGUAAAUAAUAAAAUAGUUCCAGACAUUACAAAAAUUCAACCGGACAAUGGACCAAGUAGAGGUGACAUUCCAAAAGUUCCAAAGUUUGUCAAUCAAAUGACCGGUAAACUUACCGGAAGUUGGCUCGAUGCAAAUCUGAAUCCAAAGCCUGUAUAUAUACCAAAUAAUCAAUUUCAAAUCAAUAACAACAUUCCAUUGCCAAACAAUGUUCCGGUCUGGCAAAAUAGUUUGAACACGCAGUGGACAAAUAAUGGGCCCCUGAAUCCACAAUGGCAAAGUAAUGUUCCAGCAAAUAUCCAAUGGCAAGAUAAUGUACCAAUCAACUCUCAAUGGCAAAAUACAAUACCAAUGAACAACCAGUGGCAGAACAAUGGAGCUGGUAACAGUUUAUGGCAAAAUAACGUAGCUGGCAACAGUCUUUUGCAAAAUAAUGGAGCUGGCAACAGUCUAUUGCAAAAUAAUAUAGCUGGCAACGGUCUAUUGCAAAAUAAUGUAGCUGGCAACGGUCAAUGGCAAAACAGUGGAGCAGUAAAUUCACAAUGGCAAAAUAUUUUGCCAAAUAAUCAAUUGCAGAACACACUGCCGAUCGAUCAAAACAACAUGCAAUUUCCUGUUAAUAAUCAAUGGCAAAGUGCACCUGUGUUUAGACAGCAACCCAACACACUUACUGUACUUGGAACAUUAGCACAAGGUGGACCGUCUCAAAACACACCAUUUGUACGUGGAUCUUUCCAAUCACCAAACCAAGCUAUCCCACAAUUCAAUCAGAACCCGUCAGGUAGUUCUUUGCCUGUUUUUAGAAACAAUCAACAGAUAGGGACACCAAUAUCUGGUCUACCUAUUCAACUUACCGGAAAAGACGUGAAGUCGGUCCCGAUUCGAAAAGAAAGUGAUCAAAAUGGGAAAAUAGUCGAAUCAGCUCCUGUUCUCAUAAAAACUAGCGAAAAUCUUGGAUUUACCAAUCCGCUAUAUAAUGAAUUACCGUUCGUUCAAACUAUCGACAGUAUAAACAGUAAAGUAUAUGAUGCGAAUGCACCCGAAGCUUUAAUCACCAAAGCUGUAAACUCAGUUGGUGGCGUGUAACCUGUUAAUCUUUAUACCAAAAAUGUUAUAGAAGUGCUUAUUUCUUGCAGAAAUCCAGACUUUUCAAAACAUUGAUAGUGAGCCAUAUUUAAUGUAUAUAUUUUCUAUUGUUUUAUAAUAAAAUUAUUUAAGAUUUGAAA